UAAAUUCGAUCGUAACAGUCCAAUAUUUUUUAUUUCUCUUGGGGAAGUCUUUCUAAUUACCUCCUCCAUUACUUCUGAUCUCCAUAUACUAUGGGCUUAUUAUGGGCUUUGACCACCCAUCUUCAUGCAUUUGCAGGGCCUGCUACCAUGUUCAUCUAUCCUCUAUAUGCAUCCAUUGUUGCUACGGAGAAGUCGUCGAAGCUGGACAGUGAGCAAUGGCUCGCGUAUUGGAUAAUGUUGGCUUUCCUAUUUUUCAUUGAAAUGGUCUUCCGACCAAUACUUGAAUGGAUACCAAUUUGGUAUGAUGUGAAGUUAGUAUUGGUUGCGUGGAUGGUUCUGCCUUACUUCAGGGGAGCCGCUUUCAUAUAUGACAGGGUCGUUCGAGAACAAGUCAUCCUCACAUAUGCAUCAAGUCUGCUGCUGCAAUUAAAGCAACACUUGGAAACCAAAUCAUCCUGAUACAUACAUAGAUUGAUAAUCCUGACGUACGACUAAUCGUAUAAUGUAAUCAUUACUGAUCGAUUAAUUUCACAAAAGAAUGAAGUUAAUUAUAUCCCAUGUGCAUAAGUAAUUCCAUUCCUACUUCCCAAUUGGUUUAAAUGUUGAAUGCAAUUUGGCCCUUUUUAAUGUACAAACCAUGAUGGCGACCAGAAAGCCGUCUUUACCUCUUUAAGUUGGUGUGAUUAGUGAC